AUGGCGAGCUUCAUGUCCAGUUUCUUUCCCGGAGGGAAAGAAAAGAACCCGGCCAGCGAAAAUGGCAGUUCGCGACCUGCUACGCCAUCCACCAGGGUGGACAACUUCCUCAACCCCGCGAGCACACCUCAAGGCAGCCCGAGCAAGAAGACCAACCCUCCUGGCUCACACGACCUCCCGUCUGCAUUCGAAAGUGCCCUGACACUCAAUCCUCCUGUCAUGGAGCCACCCCUCAAGUUGGGCCGCCCUCAAAGCGUUGUAACCCCGCUAUCACCUGGCAAGACCAAGGUUCAGCCCCUCGACGAGUCCAACGUCAAUGUCGAUGAAAGCGUCGUCCACAAGACACGGCCUGCAAGCCCCCAAAAGAAACAGGGCCAGGAGAACACACCUCCUACUUCUCGAUUGGCUGGCACCGAUUCUCCCCACCAACAUAGCCAUGCUGCUGUCACUCGUCAACAACACUAUGAGCACAGAGAGCGACCAAACACACCUGCGACGAAGAAAUUCAACACCGCCCGAGGCCUGACACCCGAAGAGCGCGAGAUUCUUCAGAAGCCCAACGUUAAGCGGCUCGUCAAUGUUACUCAGCUUUACUUUCUUGACUAUUACUUCGACCUCCUUACCUAUGUUGGAUCAAGACAAAAUCGACUGGCAGCCUUCAAGAACGAAUACCCUCCGCCCCCAGAGACUGAUGAACAGACUCACAACCAAAUGUGGACCAAGUACACAGGACGAGAACGCGCCAACUUGCGCAAGCGUCGAGUUCGACUUCGACAUGGUGACUUCCAGAUUUUGACACAAGUUGGUCAAGGCGGGUAUGGCCAGGUUUUCUUGGCUCAAAAGAAAGACACCCGUGAGGUCUGUGCCCUCAAAGUAAUGAGCAAGAAGUUGCUGUUCAAACUCGACGAAGUUCGCCAUGUUUUGACGGAGAGAGAUAUUCUGACCACCGCCCAAAGCGAGUGGCUCGUUAGGCUCCUCUACUCUUUCCAGGAUGAAAAGAGUAUUUAUCUGGCCAUGGAAUAUGUGCCUGGCGGCGACUUCCGCACCCUGCUUAACAACACCGGUGUGUUAUCCAACCGCCAUGCCCGUUUCUAUAUCGCCGAGAUGUUCUGUUCCGUUGACGCCCUGCACCAACUCGGUUACAUCCAUCGAGAUCUCAAGCCAGAGAACUUCCUUGUCGAUUCUACAGGACACAUCAAGUUGACCGACUUCGGUCUUGCUGCAGGUGUGCUCGCCCCGUCCAAGAUCGAGUCAAUGCGUAUCAAGUUGGAAAAAGCAUCCGAAAGCGCAGUUCCCUUCGGCAAGCCCAUGGAUCAGCGAACUGUGGCCGAACGCCGAGAGAGCUACCGGACAAUGCGCGAGAAUGAUGUCAACUACGCCAAAUCCAUUGUGGGAUCGCCUGACUACAUGGCCCCAGAGGUCCUUAGAGGGGAGGAAUAUGACUUUACAGUGGAUUAUUGGAGUCUGGGUUGCAUGCUGUUCGAGGCACUCACUGGAUUUCCUCCUUUCGCGGGCGCCACCCCGGAUGAGACGUGGCGUAACCUGAAGCACUGGAAGGAGGUGCUGAAGAGACCUGUAUGGGAGGACCCCAACUACUUCCUGAGUAACAGAACUUGGAAUUUCAUUUGCACAUGCAUCAACUCUCGCACAAGACGAUUCUCGAAUAUCAAAGAUAUAUAUGCUCACCACUACUUUGCUGAAGUUGAAUGGGAUGUUUUGCGACAAACUCGUGCGCCCUUUGUACCAGAGCUGGACUCGGAAACUGAUGCGGGCUAUUUCGAUGAUUUCACCAACGAGGCUGAUAUGGCCAAGUACAAGGAGGUUCAUGACAAACAACAAGCUCUCGAGACAAUGGCUGAGCGUGAAGACCAAAUGAGCAAGAGUCUCUUCGUCGGAUUCACGUUCAGACAUCGCAAACCCGCAACGGAAGAAGGCGGAAGCCCCAGAAAGCGCAUUCCCACUGAUGAGACGUUUGGGACGAUGUUCUAG